AUGGGAUGGACACCAGAGGAGGCAGAGGUCCAUGAUAAACUCAGAUCCAUCCUGAAGAGAAAGACUCAGCAUCUGAUUGAGGGAGUACCAAAUCAGGGAGAUAACAGACUCCUCCAUGAGAUCUACACAGACCUCUACAUUACAGAGGGGGGAGGAGGGAUAAAUGAUGAACAUGAGGUCAGACAGAUAGAAAGAUCAUCCUGGAGCGAAGAAGCACAAAAGAGACCAAUUAAAUGUAGUGAUGUCUUUAACCACUUACCUGGACAAGACAAACCCAUCAGAACAGUGCUGACAAAGGGAGUGGCUGGCAUUGGAAAAACAGUCUCUGUGCAGAAGUUCAUUCUGGACUGGGCUGAGGGAAAGAACAAUCAGGAUAUCCAUUUCAUGUUUCCUCUUCCUUUCUGGGAGCUGAAUUUGAUGAAGAAGAGGAAACUCAGUCUGGAAGACCUUAUUCAGCAAUUUUUCCAAAGAAUUAAAGAUCUAAAAAUCCUCACCCGUUCAGAGCACAAAUGUAUGUUCAUCUUUGAUGGUCUUGAUGAGUGUCGACUUCCACUAGAUUUUGACUCCAAUCUGAUGUGUUGUGAUGUGACAGAGCCCGCCUCAGUGGAUGUGCUGCUGACAAGCCUCAUCAAGGGGAAUCUGCUUCCCUCUGCUCUCCUCUGGAUCACCACCCGACCAGCAGCAGCCAGUCAGAUCCCUCCUAUAUUUGUGGACCAGGUGACAGAAAUAAGGGGAUUCAAUGACCCACAGAAAGACGAGUACUUCAGAAGAAGAAUUCGUGAUGAGAACUUGGCCAACCAAACCAUCACACACCUGAAGUCAUCCAGGAGCCUCUACAUCAUGUGCCACAUUGCAGUCUUCUGCUGGAUUACAGCCACUGUUGUAGAGAGAACAUCAGAAGAAUCAGAGAAGGUAGAAAUACCAAGGACUCUCACUCAAAUGUACACUCACUUUCUAUUAAUUCAGACAAGCAUCAAAAAAGAAAAGUACAUCGAGAGAAAAGAGACAGAUGAAGAGAUUAUUUUCAAACUGGGGCAACUGGCUUUCCAACAGCUGGAGAGGGGCAAUCUGAUCUUUUAUGAGGAAGACCUGAAAGAGUGUGGCAUUGAUGUCACUGAAGCAUCAGUGUACUCAGGAGUGUGUACUCAGAUCUUCAGAGAAGAAUCUGGGAUGUUCCAGGGGAAGGUGUUCAGCUUUGUGCAUCUCAGCAUUCAAGAGUUUCUUGCAGCUGUAUAUGUGUUCCUCUGUUUCAACAACAGGGAAAGAAAAAUGCCAGACCAACAGGAAACAUCUCAGCUCUCUGCUCUGUUCAAGGCUGCAACACUUCAUGACCUACACAAGACUGCAGUGGAUCUGGCCUUACAGAGUUGGAAUGGACAUCUGGACCUUUUCCUCCGGUUCCUUCUUGGCCUGUCACUGGAGUCAAAUCAGAGUCUCUUAAGACACCAACUCUUACAGGCAGGAAGCCAAUCACAGAGCUCAAAGGAGGCAGUCCAAUAUGUCAAACAGAAGAUCAGACAGAACACAUCAGACAGAAGGAUCAACUUGUUCUACUGUCUGAAUGAGCUGAAUCAACAUGUUGUAGUGGAGGAUGUGACAGGAGGGUACUCUGUAUCCAUGCUCUUACAAGGAGAGUGGACGACUAAGGAGUUUAAGUUUGGGAUCUCAGAAGAGCAGUUGGAUGACUUUGAACUGCAGAAGUACAUUGAUACACCAGAACAAGAUCUGACUGAACUCCUCAGUCCAGAUGACGUUCUUCAGAAGCUAAUGCCAGUGGUCACAGCAUCUACAUCAGCUCUGCUGACUGAUUGUUGCCUAACAGAGAAUACCUGUUCUGUGUUAGCGUCAGCUGUCAGCUCAACUUCCUGCAGUUUGAAGGAGCUGAAUCUGAGUGAAAAUAAGUUUCAAGAUGCAGGAGUUCAGCAUCUCUCAGAUCUCCUCAGGAAUCCCCACUGCAAACUGGAGGCACUACUGCUCACUGAUUGUUCCCUCACAGAGAAUAUCUGUGCUGCGUUAGCAUCAGCUGCUAGUUCAACCUCCUGCAGUUUGAAGGAGCUGGAUCUGAGUAACAAUUUACUUCAGGAUGCAGGAGCUCAGCAUCUGUUGGAUCUACUCAAACAUCCAACCUGCAAACUAGAGAAACUGGAGCUGAUGCGUUGUUCCCUCACUGAGAAAAGCUGUGCUGCUUUAGCAACGGCUGCUAGUUCAACCUCCUGCAGUUUGAAGGAGCUGAAUCUGAGUGGCAAUGAGAUUCAGGAUGCAGGACUUCAGCACCUCUCAGAUCUCCUUAAGAAUCCUCACAACAAACUGAAGAAACUAGUGCUGUGCAGAUGUUCCCUCACAGAAAAGAGCUGUGCUGUUUUAGCAUCAGCUGCUAGCUCACCUUCCUGCUGUUUGACGGAGCUGAAUCUGAGUAGGAAUAGUCUUAGUGAUGCAGGAGUUCAUCAUCUCUCAGACCUUCUCAAAUAUUCCCACUGCAAAUUGGAGGCACUACUGCUGUACGGAUGUUCCCUCACAGAAAAGACCUGCUCUGAUUUAGCAUCAGCUGUCAACUCAAUCUGUUGCAGUUUGAUUGAGCUAAACCAGAGUGAGAAUGAGCUUCAUGACGCUGGAUUUCAGCAUCUCACUGAUCUACUCAAGAAUCCUCACUGCAAACUGGAGAAACUAGUACUUGAGAGUUGUUUCCUCUCAAAGAAGAGCUGUGCUGCUUUAGCAUCAGCUGCAAGCUUAACAACAUCCUGCAGUUUAAAGGAGCUGAACCUGACUGACAAUGAGAUUCAUGAUGCAGGAGUUCAGCAUCUCUCAGACCUCCUAAGGAAUCCCCACUGCAAACUGGAAAAACUACAGCUCGUGAGUUGUAACCUCAGAGUGAGGACCUGUGAUGCUUUAGCAUCAGCUGUCAGCUUGACCUCUUGCAGCUUGAAGGAACUAGACAUGACUGACAAUGAGCUGCCUUAUGCAGGAGUUCAGCAUCUCUCAGACCUCCUCAAGAAUCCACACUGCAAUCUGGAGAAACUAGAGGUCAAAGGUUUUACCUUCAGAAAGGAGAGCCUCUGCUAGCAACUUUCUUUUCUCAGAUGCUGCGGCUCAGAGAACAGGUCUAGUAGGAUCCAAGAGCAGAGAAUAUUGAGACUAAUAGAAAAAUAAAGAAGAAUUAUUUACGCCAGUUACUUA